AUGGCGUUCAGUCAAAUGCCGACUGUGUCGGCUCUUACAUCGGAUCUAUGGCCUUCGUUUUCCAACGCACUAUCCGCCCCAUGGAAAGAGAUGCGGCGAGUGCGCCGAGGCGACAUCAGCAGGAGGAAUCCUUCGGAGGGCAAAAAGCAUUUGCACGAGCGUAGCAAUCCACGGGUGCAGCCUGUAAGCCUCAUACAUGAAGUCGCGGAAAUUAUGUCUGAACUUCCCCAGAAAAAUUCUCGAAUACCACUUCCGGAAUGUCUCCAGUCUGUACCGAUGAGUGCCCUUCGCUUGUGCCCUGCGGUAUUGCCAACAACAAAACACUCUUCGUUGUGGAGUACGCCUCCAAAGUGGGUAGAGCACUAUGGUGGUGGAACCAGAAAGAGUACUAUGCUUCAAGGUGGCUAUCGAAGAAGCCUAUGGACUUCGGCGCAGGUUGAUCGUGUUGCGCUCUCAGCCUCCGCAAUCCCCAAGCCGGUUUCCGCUCCACCCUUUCUAGUGAGGACUUUUCUCCUCGGCCCUCCGUUGCGCGGGCCUAGGUCAGCACUCGCCCAGGAACGGUCGUAUUCAUCCUCGUCUCAGCUGGCGUCUCAAAGCAUGCUUGCCCAUGCUGAGCGCACAGCAAAUAACAACCCAACAAGCGCCACUGCUCAAGCAGCCUUCUACUCGGCCCUGCUGCGCGCUAACAUGGCCAAAAUCAUCGUUGAACGAUAUCAAACUGGUCGAUAUGCAUCGAAUUCUGUUGCAGAUGCAAUGUACCUCAAAGCUCUUCAGCAGGUUGGAUCGGUACCUGUGCCAGGAAAUAGCAGCCCUUCAACAAACAUGUCCACUGAGCCGUCUGGAAUCAGCGCUCACAAACUGCAAGCCGUUGGUCAAGCUGUUGCGGCUCAGUCAAAAAAUGGGCAGGUUGGCGCAGUUACGGGUAAGAAUACGUCUGGGACUGGAGCUAAAGAAGCACCGCUCUAUGUUGUGGUUGAAGAGUCUACAGGAGCCAUAGUGUUUCGCUGGGCCAAGAUGCUAAUCUAUGCCGCGUUGUCCGUCUAUGUUGCAUUGGUCGUACUCACGCUCAUUGUCGAGAUGACUGGUUCUCUACGGACUCGGACAGCGCAGAACAAUGAAGUACAACCACAGCAUCAGACCGUAAGGUUUUCGGAUAUACACGGCUGCGACGACGCAAAGGACGAGCUUCAAGAACUGGUCGAAUUCCUCAUCAACCCCGAACGCUUCUCCAGCCUAGGUGGCAAGCUUCCUAAAGGAGUUCUUCUUGUUGGACCACCAGGGACAGGAAAGACUAUGCUCGCUCGUGCGGUAGCAGGAGAAGCGGGUUGUCCUGUUUUCUACAUGUCCGGUUCUGAAUUUGACGAGAUGUAUGUUGGAGUGGGAGCAAAACGUGUUCGAGAUUUAUUUGCUCAAGCUCGUGCGAAGGCACCUGCCAUCAUAUUUAUAGACGAGUUGGAUGCUGUUGGUGGGAAGAGGAACGAACGCGAUCCAGCCUAUGCUAAGCAAACCCUCAACCAGCUUCUGACUGAGCUCGAUGGUUUCAGCCCAAGCACGGGCGUUAUUCUAAUUGCAGCCACCAACUACCCGCAAAGUCUUGACAAAGCUUUGACACGCCCUGGUCGUUUCGAUCGACGGGUGCAGGUUCCGUUGCCAGACGUCCGAGGUCGGACUGACAUUCUUAAACACCACAUGAAGAAGGUUGCAGUUGCACCUGACGUUGAUCCUACCGUUCUCGCUCGGGGCACAGUAGGCUUUUCCGGUGCAGACCUGGAGAAUCUUGUGAACCAGGCAGCUGUCCACGCUUCCCGAAAGAGGUUGAAGAAAGUUGGGCCUCUGGAUUUCGAAUGGGCAAAGGACAAGAUUAUGAUGGGAGCUGAGUCUCGUUCCAGGGUAAUCCGUGAUUUCGAUAAAGUCGUGACAGCAUACCACGAAGCAGGCCACGCCCUCGUCAACCUCCUCACCCCAGGCUCAAUGCAACUUCACAAAAUGACCAUCAUCCCACGCGGCAUGGCCUUGGGCGUAACCUCCAAACUGCCUGACAUGGACGCCGUCAGCCGCAACUACAAACAAUACAUGGCCGACAUCGACAUGUGCAUGGGUGGCCGUGCUGCCGAAGAACUAGUCUUCGGCGCCGACCGCGUCUCCUCCGGCAUCUCCAACGACCUCUCCCAAGCAACCAGUCUCGCCUACGCCCUCGUCACCGAAUACGGCUUUUCGGAGAAACUCGGUAGUUUAGACCUUCACACCAAUUACGACAGCCUCUCCAGCCAGACGAAGCAGGACAUCGAACAAGAAGUGCGCAGUAUCGUCGAGGGUGCCAGGAGAAGAGCAGACGAGAUCCUGAAGUCGAAGCGAAAAGAACUCGAGGCGCUCAAAGACGCGUUGAUCGAGCACGAGACGCUGACCCGAGACGAGAUCCUGCAGGUCAUGAAGGGCGAGAAGUUGAACCGGAUUGAGCCGGAGCUGCAGCAGGACGGAAGCAAGGAGGAGAAAACGGAUGAUGAUGAGCAAGGACGAGGAGGACCGCCACAGCCAAAACAGAAAAAGGAGACGGGCAAGAAGGGCGGCGUCGGCAUCAAAUUGCCCGAUGUCCUGUUACCGCCCGGUACGAGGAGGGAGGGAGAUGGUACCUGA